ACAGACGUCGCAAACAUGUUCAAGAUUGUGCUGUUGUUGGCCGCUGUCGCGUGCUGCGUGAGCGCCGCCCCCAAAGCCGGUAUCGCGCCCCUGGCCUACUCCGCCCCCCUGGUGGCCGCCGCCCCCGUGGCCUACGCCGCCCCCGCGCCGGCCGUCGUGACGGCGCACAGCUCGCAGUACAUCGCGCAGAACUUCAACGGACUCGCCGUGGCGGCCGCCGCCCCCGUCGUCGCCGCCGCCCCUGCAGUUGCUGCUGCAUACCAUGCCGCCCCCGCCGUCUAUUUCAGAUAAUGGUUUUGUCAUUGACACACCAUCUCUCACUAAAGUGAAAUAAAGUUAUUUGCUAAACA